UCACCAUUCACUAAGCUGAAAACUCAAAACAAAAUAAACCAUGAGGCUGUCCCUGAGUGUCCUGCUGGUCACUCUGGCUCUUUGCUGCUAUGAGGGCAAUGCAAUCACCUGUCCAGGCUUUGCACUUGAAUUGAAGAGCUUCUUCUUUCUAGACCCAGCUAGCUAUGAGACUAUACUUCGGAUACUAUGUGACCCACCUCAAGAAGUCAUUCAGGCCAAGUUGAAAGUGAAGAACUGCACAGAUCAGAUAUCCCUUGGGAACAGAAUGCUAAUUGCAAGAACAAUGGUGAGAAUCAUGGAGUCCUGUAUAUAACGAAUCUUACAUACUAGUAUCCCUGUCUCCCAAUGGUCACCUGAUCUUGUAGAAAAUGUAAAGGUUUCAACAUCUUGCUUCAAUAAAUCACUCUCCC